AUUAGAACAUGUUAUAAGUUAUCGUACUUUUUUUUGUUUUCUUCAGAAUUUUUUUUUUUUUUUUUGUGUGUUGGCCUUCUGAUAUUUUGUUUUUUAUUUAAAAGCUCUAUGCUUCAAAAGUUUUUUUCCAAGAUACAUAUUACCUACUUGUAAUAUGUUGAUAUCUUUAUAUUCCCUCUGUUUCAUGUUUGUGUAUAUCUUAGACAGCGUUAUGAUUGUAAUGUAUUAAAGUAUGUGUAGUAAUAAAAGUUUACAACAUAAACCUGCAAAAAAUCAGCUUAUAGGAAAGUGUGCAGGUUUGGUAAAUGUAUUUUUUAGGAAUACUUGUGGUGCUUUGUGACAUUGUUUCGGUAAGCAAAAUUGGAAAAUAACUGUUUUGUAAUUGUCUGUUCUUUAUAAAGUAUGAAUUGAUAUACCAUAUACCAUACCAUAUUUUUGUUUCUUUCUUACUUUGUUUUGAUUGUUUUUUCGUUUCCUUUAUGUUUAUGUAAGUUUUUGUUUUAUGGGUUUUUUUUGUUGUGCGUGUUUUAAUUUUGUGUAUUUAGCACAUAAAUUUUGUUAACAAAUUUUGUUGUUAUAUAUGACCUCUUUAUAUUUUUGUAGGACACAAGAAAUAUAAAUUAUUUAAAAAGAAUUUGUCUUUAAAGAGUUCUACAAAGUCUUGUGUGUCCAAUGUGUAUAAAUUUAAUGUGUUUUUUUCAGGGAUAAAAAAAUCAAAUAAUCAAAAUAAUAUAGUUUGAAACAAAAAUGAAUGCACAUCAAGGAAAGGACACUAAAGUAAUAUCAAAUGGUCAUAAUAGUCCAACUAUGAAAAACAAAGAAAUAAAUGGAUCUAGUCCUAAAAUGCACAAAAAGCACAAAUGGUGUAUUCCUUCCUCAGACAUGUCAAGAAGAACGGUAAAUCCCAUCCGAAGAGUUGUAGAUACCAUGCGAAUAGAACCCAAUCCAAGUUACAGUCCAAUUUCUCUUUCAAUUGGUGACCCAACUGUAUUUGGUAAUCUCCUUCCACACCCUAACAUGUUAGAAGCUAUCGAAGAAAGUUUACAUUCACAUAAACACAACGGUUAUGGACCAGCUAUUGGUAAUCUGGAGGCAAGGAAAGCGAUAGCAAAAUGUAUGACAGUUCCAGAAGCACCACUCACAGAAAAGGAUAUCGUUAUAACAUCUGCUUGUUCUGGUGCGAUCGAAAUAUGUAUAGGCACUCUCGCUAACCCAGGUGAUAACAUGCUGUGUCCGAAACCAGGAUUUUCCUUAUACAAGACAAUUGGAACUUCUAAUGGUGUUGAUGUCAGAUAUUACAAUUUAAUGCCGAAUAAAGAAUGGGAAGUUGAUCUCGAACAUAUGGAAUCUUUAAUAGAUGAAAAAACCAAAUUUAUAGUAGUCAACAAUCCUUCGAAUCCAUGUGGAUCAGUAUACACCAGACAACAUCUCUUAGCCAUACUGGAAGUUGCAGAAAGAAACAAGUUACCAAUCUUAGCUGAUGAAAUCUACGCUUAUUCAGUGUUUUCGGGAGAAACAUUUUAUCCAUUAGCCAGUCUAACAACUUCAGUACCAGUUCUCUCGUGUUGUGCUAUAUCAAAAAGGUUCUUAGUUCCUGGAUGGAGACUUGGCUGGAUUCAAAUACAUGAUCGCAAUGACUUAUUCAAAGAGGUGAGAGCAGGUCUUGCAGAUAUGGCCACACGUAUUCUUGGAGCGAAUUCCAUUAUUCAAGGUGCACUGCCCCGUAUACUGCGUGACACUCCACAGGAUUGGUUCGACGAAAACAUGGCUUUUAUAGAGGAUAUUACCAACGUGGCUUGCAAUUCUUUGUCGAAAGUUCCUGGUUUGAAAUGCAUUCGACCACGUGGUGCUAUGUACAUGAUGGUUGGUAUCGAUAAAACAAUUUUGAAGUCAAUUAAGGAUGAUAUUCAUUUCACGACAGAUUUGAUGGCAAAAAAAUCUGUCUUUUGUCUACCUGGCACGUGCUUUCAAUUCCCCGAUUACUUCCGGGUUGUGUUAACUGUACCGCGCGGAAUGGUAGAAGAAGCAUGUGCACGAAUUGAAGAAUAUUGUCGAGAAAUUAUCGAACAGAACAGUGUCGACUAAUUAAUUGAUUAAUCAAAGUACAUAACUGAUCAUUUUUAUUAGUUAGUAAACAACAUACCUAAAUGACUGCGUAAGAUAUGUUUGCGAAUUUGUCUCGUAUGAGAAAUUUAAAUUCUGUAUUUUUUUAACAAGGACGGACAUUUGCAAUCUUUUAUUUCGUAUUUUUUCUUAUUUUCGGCUUGUUCGCCAUAUUCUUGUAUAUUCAGUAAAAAUGUAUUUUAGACAUUCAAUCAAAACGAAUAGCUUUGUAAGCUUACUAAAUUUCAAUCUUCGAUUCCGUAAUUUCAAUAACAUUUUUAGCCUUCGCAAACUUAAAUUUUUCCACAAACAAUUUCUUCCCAGUAAAGUUUCGACAUUUAAAAUGUAACGUUGUCAGUGAAAAGCUGACUAUGAAGUUUUUAAGUUGAAUAAUUCAACUUUGUGAAAAGCUGACUAUGAAGUUUUUAAGUUUGAAUAAUCCAACUUUGUGGAUACAUACCUCUGCAAACAAAUUUACCAUUUUACAUUCCAUACGGAAACAGUAUGAACUUCAACAACUGUCAAUUUUUUGUAAAACCUAUUUCAAAAUCAACUUUCUAUUGAAGCAUGCCGACACCUCAUCGUUGAUUCUGGAAUGUGAUUUUCUGUUAGACGGGGGAAAGUCUCAAACAUUUUGAAUUCCUUAUGUGCAAACACAUACUUGUUUGCAGAGAGAAAAAAAUAUUUUAAGCAGAAUUGGUUUCCUUGUGAAGAAGUAAUAUUUUGACUUGUAAUAAAUAAAAGUAUUAAUAUUUAAUAUCUAAACUGAAGUUGUCGUCGGAUCGGUUAAUUUUUUGAAUGCAUAAAUUAUGUGUGUUUCACAUAAAUUAUGUGUGUUUUACAAAAAUUAUGGGUGCUUUACAUAAAUUAUGUAUAUUUUACAUAAAUUCACGCAAGACGAUUACAUAAAUGACGACAGGGAUUCCAUUAUCAGAUCAUUCUUUAAAAUUUAGCCGAUCAGACAAGAAUAUGGACAACGAAUUUAUUUUGUUAGUGCAUUUAAAUGUCUUCAUUGUUAAACAUAUUUAAUAGUUGAAAAAAAAUUUUGACCUCGUGCAUUCUUUACUUUCAUUUUUAUAAUUUUUAUUUUAUUUGAAUGUGUAAUGUUAUUAUAUUGUGCUACCUGAGACCCAGGCUUUUAAUUGUCUUUUAAUAAAAAUGAGACGUAAUAGUCUGGGUAGUGGGUUUUUGUCUGUUGUAAAAGUUCCUAAAAAAUGUUUAUUUUUUUACUAAGAAUUAAUUUUGCAUA